AUGCAUUCCACCCAGGGCUUCCACCAUUACCCCCAGUUGAUUGCUGAUCGGCCCUCAUGCGGCAACCCCGUUUUGACUCCGUUUGACCAGGCACUGUGCCUGGUCAACAGCGCGUUUGACCUGGACCCGCUGCGGCUGGACGGCGCGGUGCUGCACCAGCUGGUCGAGGCGGUGGCCUCAGUGCUGGAGGGCUGCCCUGGCCUCGCCGCCGAUGUGUGGGACGACACGCUCCUCUUGACCGCCCCCCUGCGCGCGCUGCUGCACCAGUGCUGCGCGCUGUUCCCCGCCUUCCCGCGCCCGCUGCUGCGGCUGCUGGCGGCGCUGGGGUCGGGGCGCGGCGGGGCGGCGGAGGCGUACGCGUAUCUGGCGAGAGAGCCCGUGCUCACGGUGCUGCACGAGCAGGGCCAGCCGGGCAUCCGCCAGGCCGGCGCGGGGUCUGACGUGUUUUUCUGCGACGACCUGCCAUGGUCCAUGGCGCCAGAGGUCCUGGGGACGACGCUGCCGCCGGGGAGCCGAGGCAAGGCGAUCGACCUGCCAGUGUUCCUGUCGGCCGGCGCUGCUGGGCCGGCAGCUUCCGAGCAGCUGCUGAUCCAGUGGGAGGUCCAGUCGGACCAGGGCACCGGCCAGGUGCUGCUGCUGGCGCGCGCGGCGCACUGCAUGCGAUACAUCGCCGAGGCGCGCGCGGCGGGGCGCGGCGCGUCAGGCGGCGCAGAGACCUGA